CCUAGUUCCACCCGUCAUCUCGCGUCCCCAAUGUCCGAGCAGCCGUUCACAGUGCACGUUCCCGACUCGGAGCUCGAGCUGCUUCAGAAGAAACUCGCCUUGACGCGUCUACCCGACGAGCUCGACGAUGCCGGAUGGGGGUACGGCGUGCCCCUCGCCGACGUGAAACGUGUCGUGGAACGAUGGCAGAACGGCUGGGACUGGCGCCGUUACGAGGCCGAGAUCAACAAGCUGCCGAUGUUCACGCGCGAUAUCGACGUGGACGGGUUCGGGACGCUCAACAUCCACUAUAUCCAUCAGAAGAGUGAGGUGAAGGGCGCGAUCCCGUUGCUGUUCGUCCACGGCUGGCCUGGCCACUUCCUCGAACCCGCGAAGCUUCUCCCUUUGCUCACCGCGUCAUCGCCGGACCAUCCGAGCUUCCACGUCGUCUCGCUCGGACUACCUGGCUACGGCUUCUCGGAAGCCCCUAAGAAGAAGGGGUUCAAAAUCGCACAAUACGCCGAGGUCGGGCACAAGCUGAUGCUGGCCUUGGGAUAUGAUCAAUAUGUGACACAAGGGGGCGACUGGGGUUAUAGUAUCACCCGAAUGAUAGCUCUGAGUUACGGCGGCAAGCACUCCAAAGCCUGGCACACCAACUUCCCUCGAGGCGAUCCUCCGGCUUUCACGAAGCAUCCCAUCGCCUACAUUCAGCACCUCUUCACCCCUUAUACGCAGUCGGAGAAAGUGGGGCUGGAACGCACGGAAAAGUUCAUGAAGCUCGGGAGAGGGUAUUCCGCCGAGCAUAGUACGCAGCCCCAGACGCUCGGGUACAGCCUUGCCGACUCCCCGGCUGGCCUGCUCGCCUGGAUCUACGAGAAGCUCCAUAACUGGUCUGACGGAUACCCAUGGAAAGACGACGAAGUUUUGGACUGGGUGUCGAUUUACUGGUUCUCCCGAGCCGGCCCGACGGCAUCGAUCCGCAUAUACUACGAGGUGGAAAAAGGCGGAGACCAACAUUUCGUCGGUGCGCCGAAGAUUCCGAUGGGCGUUUCGUAUUUCGCGACCGAGCUGGUGAGGGUGCCCAAGCUCUGGACCCGUCUGACAGGAAACGUGGUGUUUGCAUCGGAGUGGCCGUCCGGCGGACACUUCGCCGCCCACGAAAAGCCUGAGGAGCUCGCGACGGAUUUGAGGAAGAUGUUUGGCAAGGGCGGGAAGGCGUACGGCGUUGUAUCCGGGAAAGAUGGCUACUAAUGAACGCGCUUACCACUCGUGACACGUCCUCAGCUCAGAAUGUCUUAUCCAUAGUAUACAUAUAAUGAUAUACUAGCUUGAAGCUAUAAU